AUGGGCACGCGCAGCAGGACGCUAAAGUACCUGCCCGGGCAUGCGGCGCGCUUCGGCGUGGCGGCCACAGCGCGGGACGAGGCGAGCGGAGACGUCGUGGAGGCCGUGUGCCUCUUCUGCAAGCACUUUGGGCGCGAGCAGCGCGCCGACAAGAAGCGCAAGAGCGCCAGCACCGUCAAGUACUUCCGGGAUUCGUUCCGGCCGGACCAGUACACGCAGCACCACCAGCUGCAGCACCCGACGCAGUGGAAGCGGUACAAGGCCUGCAGCGAGCAGGAGAAGCGGCGGUUCUUCCCUCUGGGUGGUCAUAAUGACGAAGUGGUGGCUACAGUCGAUAUCGUCCGUGGUGCAGCUGAUGCCGGUCAUAACAAGCACCCGGAAGCUCCAAAGCAGACGCUGCCCAAGGCGGAGGAACGAGGCCGAUGCUUCGACCUCAAGGCCUCCAUAGUGGAGAUCGUGGCGGUGCUGGCCGUGGGCUUCGGCCCCGUCGAGUCCACGGUCAAGACCAGAGACCGCCUCAUGUUCCAGUACAUGACGCACCACGACUACGACGGAGAGCUGCCGUCGAGCUGCCCGGGCUGGUCCCCGCCGCCCGACACGUUCCAGAGCUGCUACGUGGUGCAGAAGGACCCGCCCGUGUACCGCGUCGUGGUGUUCGCCAAGGCGCAGAUGGACCUGUUGAUGGAGAUGGCGGCGGACGGACUCUCGGCGCCGCAGAUCGCCAAGUCCGUGCAGGUUUUCCGGCGUCACGCGCCGAUGCUGCUGGGGGACCUGAAACGCUUCCGAGUCGAGGACGACGUGAGUCCGGAGUACAAUGAGCAGCAGACUGCAGAGUUCGUGAGGCUGGGCAUCGCUGCGAGCAUGAGCGUCAUUGCAGGGCUGUUGGAGGAGGCGUGGGCGUUCUCACUGGAGCUGCGCACAGUUGAUCGGCACCCGAAGCUCUCGUACCUGGAUGUGCGUGCGAAGCUGUACAGUCGCGUCGGCGGCAUGUGGAACGCCCACUUGCUAGCGAUCCCAAGGUAUGUGGGCAAGUGCGAUAUGAUGAUGUUUCAGACGCUGGACCGCGUGCUGACAGCGCUUCUGCCUGGGUGGAGGAGGAAGCUGCUUGGGGUUACGGUCGAUGGAGACGUGCCGAUUCCAGCGCGGAUCAUUGAGCUCACCCAGCACUUCCAGACCGCCUGCAGUGGGUCUGUGCUGUACCGCACCAACAACAGCAGCGGCGCGUUGCAGCACAUGCUGCAGACCUUCUACGCUUCACUCAACAGCGGAAGUUUCCUCCAGACGUUAAAGGCGCUGAGCGAGUACGCUCGCAACGAGCCGAGCGUCGCGUCAGAGAUGGAGAGGUAUCCCGAUUAUCGAGAGCUGCUGCGCAGCAGCAUGUAUGGGUCGACUAAGUCGCCAAUAGUGUUUGGGAAGGAGGUCGAUAUGCUGCUGGUUCACAACAACAUGCUUCGAUCGCAUUUCCAGGAUGUCGUCACUGUGGCGAUGUCUGCGCCGUCAACGUCGUGGUGGGUGAUGCUGGAGCUGGUGCAUUGGGUCACCGCUCGUGCGAAUGCCGUGUUCGAGGUGUUGGAGACGCGCCACGUGGCCAUCUCGCAGCAAGCAGCGGUCAUAGCAAGCUUGGCUGAAGAGUGCAUCACCGGUUUCCAUGCUCAGUUCGUCGGAAAAGAGCACCGGCCGACCCAAAGCCACUCAACCGACUGCGUGUCGAGUGACGGCCGAAUAGCCAUGAGCAGGAGCACGAUACUGGAAUUUGUCAUGGACUCGAGCCAGAUUGCGCGUGAGUUGAUGAAACAUGGGGACUACGCUACGCUGAACUCGAUCGCCGCAGAUUUGGCUGCGGGCGCUGUGGAUAUGGUUGCGUCACUAGUCGAGUUCAGCGUCAGCCUGAAGAAGCAGGACGCCGCUUGUGUGAAUACCCAUGGCACUAGCGUUAACCACACGGUUGCCGUGACGGAUGUGCUGCCUCCAGUGCUGCCGCAUGAGCUGGCACACCUCAGUCCUGUCGAGUUUGUGGAGUUACUCCACGCCCAUGACGUAACAGCACGGGGGACUCUGACAGAUGCCGAUAUCAUCGCUAUCCGCGAAGUGCACGAGCUCCUACGUCGCAGCUACGCAGAGGAUGAAGGCAUCCGGUACGCGCUCGGGCAGUGCACACAAGACACGUCCUUCGAUGUCGCGUGGAGCCUCGUGGACAGCCGCUUCAGCAGCCUCGAGGCCUUCGCCGGUGGGCUGGCGACUGCGCGGCCGCUGGACACCGUCGCAUUUAGCGACCAGAGGGCUCGGGACCUCGUGGUGCGACCGAAGGACCUGGAGGAGGCGCGCCUGCUGCUCGCCGACUUUGAGCUGGAGAGCGCCUUGCACGCCCAGCAGCUCCCGUCGCUGACAAAGCUGCAGGAGGAGAUCUACGACCGAGAGCUGAGCGAGAACCGAAGCAGACUCAUGUACGCACUGCAGAAAACCAGCGAAGGUACCAAUACCGGCGCCUAG